GCUUCUAUCCGAAAUCUCCCGCCUUACAGAAGGGUUGAAUUCUAGUGGUAAGGGGAAGAGAUCCCGGCACUUUUCGCAGACUUGUGCGGGUUAACAACUUCUGGUGCAGAUCUGGGGACACGUUUCCGCUUUCCAGCCUGAAACAAAGAUGCAGUUUUCUGGACCAAAGAGAAAGAAACUGAGUCUGAUAGGAGAUCACAGGGGUGCUUCCUAUCCCCAUAGUCUUCAGUUCUACUUGCAGCCUCCUUCUGAAAACAUAUCUUUGAUAGAGUUUGAAAAUCUGGCUGUUGAAAGGCUUAAAUUGCUCAAAAUAGUUGAAAAUCUUGGUGUGAGCUAUGUGAAAGGUUCUGAACAAUACCAGAGUAAGCUGGAGAAUGAGAUUCGAAAACUCAAAUUUUCCUACAGAGAAAGUUCAGAAGAUGAAUUUGAAGCACGAAGGAAGGAUCACAUAUCUCAUUUCAUCUUGCGUCUUGCUUAUUGCCAGUCAGAGGAUCUCAGGCGCUGGCUCAUUCAACAAGAAAUGGACCUGUUUCGAUUUCGAUUUAGCAUUCUGCCUCCUGACAAGGUCCAGGGUUUCUUAAAGGAUAGCCAUCUGCAAUUUGAAACUAUUAGUAAAGAAGAAAAGGAACUCCAUUUUCAGAAUAUUAUUGAUUCCUCAGCACCUUUAAGUGGAAACAAAUAUGAAUUAGAGGCAGUUUAUAAGGUUCCUUUUGCUGAUGCUCUGGAUUUGUUCCGAGGAAGGAAAGUCUAUUUGGAGCAUGGCUUUGCGUUUGUGCCACAUCAGGAUAUUGUGUCAAUCAUCUUGAAUGACUUUAGAACUAAACUGUCCAAGGCUUUGGCAUUAACAGCGAGGUCACUGCCAUCUGUGCAAUCUGAUGAACGACUUCAACCUCUUCUUAAUCACCUCAGUCAUUCCUACGUUGGUCAAGAUUACAAUGCACAAGCAAAUAUGGGGAAAAUUUCACUGGAUCAACUUGAUUCUCUUGCAGUGAAAUCAUUUCCACUUUGUAUGCGUCAGUUGCAUAAAGCUUUGCGAGAACAUCAUCAUCUUCGGCAUGGUGGCCGAAUGCAAUACGGUCUUUUCCUGAAGGGCAUUGGCUUAACCCUUGAGCAAGCUUUGCAGUUCUGGAAGCUAGAAUUUAUCAAAGGGAAAGUGGAUACAGACAAGUUCGACAAAGGCUAUGCUUACAACAUCCGCCAUAGCUAUGGUAAGGAAGGCAAAAGGACAGACUAUACACCAUUCAGCUGCAUGAAGAUUAUACUAACCAAUCCACCGAGCCAAGGGGAUUAUCACGGGUGCCCAUUCCGCCACAGUGAUCCUGAGCUGUUGAAGCAGAGGCUCCAGUCAUCCAAGAUCUCUCAAACUGGAAUAAACCAGAUUUUGGAUUAUAUAAAAGGCACUCACUACCAGUUGGCCUGCCAGAAAUUCUUCGAUCUAACACAUAAUGUUGAAGAUGGUAUGUUUUCUUUGAAUCAUCCUAAUCAGUACUUUUUUGAGAGCCAGAAACUUCUCAAUGGUGGCCGAGAAGUCAGGAAGGAACCUAGCCAGCCAGAAGUUUCUCAGACCAAGCAGAGUGUCCAGAAAACUUCUAAUUCAACAUCUUCACUUCCAUCAUCUUUAGAUUCUACACUGGAAAUGGAUAUGGAAGGGUUGGAGGGUUACUUCAGUGAAUAACCUUUGACUAUCUCCCUUCUUUCUCAGCUUUCAGGUCUUCUCUGUUUUAGCAAGUUUGCCCUUUGCAACCUAAUUAGUAAUAGAAGACAGUCAUUUUCCUGGAUGGAUAUCAUUAUUUCAUCCAUAUCAUAAUCUAAAAACAGUAUCUUUUAAUUCUUCUUAGUUUAACCUAUUACCUUGCCACUUCUUUUUCUCCAUCAUCCAAAUAAAAAACAAAUACUGAAA